UUUCUCUGAACUUGUGACACUAGCUAGCCAUCUCAAAGAAUAACGACAGCAUUCAGCUGACAAAGAGACUCAUAGACUCAUUUGCCAGCAUGGGCUGUGGUGGUUCUUCCGAGGCUAAGUAUGCAGCAAGCUACCAGGCGGUGACUGGCACAGCCACACAGGCUGCUCCGAAAGCGCCGAAGGCAGAGCCUGCAAAAACGACUGAGCCGGAGGCAGCCACGCAACAACCAGCAGCGUCCUCCCAGGCCUCCACUGAGACUGGACCAACUGUUGACCAGGCAGAAACUGUGGAGCCCGAAGAUGCUCCUUUGGCCUGGUGGAGUUUGAACAGCGACUGGAUCCGGGACAGUUCACAAGAGAUCCUCGCGGCUUACAACUUCUUCUUUGAGCACAUCGGCAUCCGGAAGGGUUGGCGACAGCCACCCUUUAAGUGGGAAGACGUGCAGGGGCCUUUCAUGGCCUCAGCAGAAGUGGUGGCCGUGGUGAGGCACCGCAUUGACGAGCUGGGGCAAGGGAUGGUACUACGGCAGCUAGAGGGCUCCUCCCACGACUUCCUCUGGGGCUGGGCUCCCGAAAAGCCGCCCAGCCAGGCACCUCAUUUGAAGGAGUUCUUCAGGGGCCUUGUUUUCGCCACCAUGAGCGAUGCGAACGGCCUCGUUGAGGGGCUCGACACUGAGUUUUUGGACUACUAUGUCCAAAGCCAUCCAAUUUUGGAGUCUGCGACUGUCCUCCAAAGAAUCGUCACGGCAGACGUCCUGAAGACAGGUCCCGACUCCACCGAGGAGGGGCCGUCGCAUGUGGAUCCCGAGGCGAAGCCCGAGCCGACGGAGCCCGUCGAGGGAGAGGUGCAAGUCAAGCCUGCCACGACGAGCGAAGAGAAGAAGGAAGACGUUGAAGCUGCAAAGCCAGAGGAUGAAAAGAAGGAUGAGGGCCAAGCCCCAUCCAAGGUUGUUGCGGAUGCUCAGGAACCUGCGGAAGUUGUGGAAGAGGCCAAGGUUACAGAGACCAAGGUCUCAUCCAGCAGCGCACUGGCUGCACCGCUGAUGCUGGGAAAUGGCUGAGGCAGAUCUCUGCAUGAGCCUGCAUUUGCCACACAUGGCAGCUAAUGCCCAAGACUACCAGGAGAAAGUAGAGAUGUUCAUUCUGGCAAUCACCGUGUGUUGAGAUCAGCCAAGUCGAAGAUGUUCCCGAGUUGGUCAGCACUUGUCACUUUGUCAUUCUUGUAUCUUGGCGCGCCUUUUGCCGAAAGCAAAGAACGUUGUUUUCAGCGUCGUGCCUGCUCAGAGAACCGAAGGUUUCUGCUGCAAGGUUUUAACAGUUGUCCAACAUCCAACGUUCCGGACGUUUGCUC